AUGGGUGUGAUGGCGGUCAGUCGGCUCAUCACGAUUCUCCUCCUUUUCCAUCAAAUCUCUUCGUCGAUUCAACAAAGCGAUCAAUUCGAUCAAUUCAGAUCUCCGAAUGAUCGAGCUGAAAUUCCGUGUCGUGAUGAAUGGUUGUAUCUUGAAAACACCGCUUCUUGGUACAAGGCUUUCGCUCAAGAAAUAGAGUUUGAUGAAGCCGUGGAAUAUUGUGUGGAACAAAAGGGUCACUUGGUCUCAAUUCACAGUCAGGAAGAGAACGAUUUUGUUCAGGAACUCGCGAAAACUGUUCAUUCGCAUUCUCUUUUCCCGAUCGGAAUGAAGCGAAAUCCGUACAAUGAAAAUUCUUUGGAAUGGUUAGAUGGGGGAAAACCGAAAUUGGAGACCCACGCUAUGCUUUGGGGCGGCGAUGGCAAA